AUGAGUCAAGACUCAAAGAAAAUAACCGGUGGUUUGGGGGGGGAAAAAAAAUUUUCAAGGAAGAAACAUCACAUGGGGGGUCACUACGUCACGGACACGGCCGGCAUGUGUGGUUUGAUGUUGCCAGCGCGCCUGGUGACGCUUCAUCUCUCCUGGCUGCUGAGCUUUCGUCUACAUCAAGCCGCCACUCACUCAGAUGAAUCCAACAGCUUUAUACACUGUUGUUGCACAUCGGGUCGUCUUCAAAUGGAAAAAGUAGCUGCGGUGAAUACAAGUGCUGCAUCUGAAGGAUGGCUGGAAUUUAAUGUAACGAGUGCUUUGGCUACAUGGCUUGGAGCUCCGGCAGAUAAAACAAUGGAUUUUUCAUUACUCUUCACCCACAUACGCAACCAGAACGACACGUCAAAACCAGAAGACAUCGGUAUACAGGAGACCCAUGGUAAUAAUACUGAAGCAAAACAACCAUUCAUGGUAGCUUUUUUCAAGAACGGUCCUAAGCUCGGUAGCGCUGAUUCUGGUGCGAGAAAGAAACGUGAAGCAAAGACGGCUGGCGGAAUCAUGGUUUACUCGGAAAAUUAUUUGAGAAACCCCCUCACGGAGCUGACCGAAGAAAAAUUUAAUUUUUCUAUCGAAGGCAGUACUUUAAAUGUAUUCAGUAAAGAAGGAUUUAACGAACGAAACUUUUAUGCCGGCGAAUGGUGCCUGGAGGAGAAAUAUGGAGGGAAAGAAAAUUAUUGGCUCAAUUCCUCAAGACGUGCACUGGAUGACGAGGGACGCUCACCUGGAGACCCGGGGACUCUCCUCACAAACCAAUACUGCCUCGAGAUGUUCGAUCGUCGAGACUGUCCUACUAAAGACGUCCUCGUCACUGCCGUACUUUGCUUCAUACCAGCCAACCCCCCCGAAACCAAAAAGAUUUCCGCAUAUCGUUUUAUACACAGAAUACGGAAUCGGAUUGGCCACACUACAUAUUCUUCGUGGUGCCAAUGGGGUGUGGUGACUUGCACUAAUUUCAUCCUUUGGCUGCUCACUGCUCGGCAUUGUGCUCAAGUGAAGUCAGAGGUUCAUCGCCUCCAGGCCGGGUACGUUCUAACUGGGAAGCUGUGGGUGGUAAUGGGUGCCAGGUUUGGGGUGUCGGAGCUAGUUUCAACGUUAAUCUCACAACCACAAUGGCUUUGGAAUAUAGUGGAUCUUAUUAAUGAGAUGCAAGGAGUUUUUAUAUUUCUUAUACUUGUAGUGAAAAACCCGAAGCUAUAUUACCUUAUCCGGAAGAGGCUUGGAAUGGAAAAAGCCGAAUACUCAGAACAACGCUACUUCAUCGUCAGGGAGGACUUCAUCAACUUUUCUAUCUCGGACUAUCAGUUCUGA